UCUCGCGCGCGGUCACAGCGCCAUCUUCUUGAGCUUCAGCGCGUGACACGGCAAAAAAACUUGCAGGAUAUGGCUACGAUGGGUGGGUCACUAGGUUCUCCAUCCGACGGGCCCACUCCCGUGUGUCCUCUGUGCCACGAGGAAUGCAGGAGGCCUACCCGUCUCCGAUGUGGCCACUGCUUCUGCCACGGGUGUAUCCAGGAGCUGUGGAGUGGCUCUCCGACCGGCCCUUACUAUUGCCCCGAGUGCAGGGACGAGUACGGCAAACUGCCGGCCUUCGGGAGCCGGGAGGCUGAGACUCCGCAGGGCUCCGUUGACAGGUCGCCGGGGGUUCCGCCCCGCAGCCCCACCGCCGCCCAAGCCAACUCUGAAGAUAUACAGCCUUCAUGUUCAGCCUCCCUCUCCCAUUCCAGUCCACCACACCUUGGAAAAAGAUCAUCAAGGUCUCAGAAUUCAUUCUCUCCCACAAAUUCGCCCUCCACCAGCAGUAACGCCUAUAUAAUCUGCCACUACUGCCCACCCACGGGAACACGGAGAACUGCAGUGAAGACAUGCCUGGUUUGUGGGGCCUCCAUGUGCACAGAACAUCUUCAGCCCCACUUGGAAUCACCUGUAUUCCAGAACCACACACUUGUAGCCCCCCAGGCGGACAUCUCCGUUUGGCGGUGUCAGGAGCACCAGGAAGUGAACAAGAUCUAUUGCCAGGAAUGUGCUGUUUGUGUGUGCACUGUGUGCACUGUCAUCGGGACUCAUCGCAACCACUCCUGCAUCAGUGUUACUGAUGCUGAGAGGGAGUUGAGAAAGGACUUGCAGAAGGAGAUGAAAAAAAUGCAAGAAAAGGAACAGGCAGUUCAGACCACAGUCACUGAACUCAAAGAGAAGAAACGGAGCAUCCAGGUCCUCCUGGGAAAGGCCAAGGAUGGUGUACAGCAACAGUACCGGGCAAUACGGGAGGCCUUAGAAAGAGAGGAGCAUCAGGCCCUGCAGUGUGCGUCCAGGGAGGAACAGCGAGCCGUGGGGGUCAUCGAGGCCCAGCUUGAGUGGCAGCAGGAUGUUCUACGUCUCAUCCAACAUGCUACGGGCACCUUGGAGCAUUUGUCUGAUGCCAAAGCAUCAUCUGGCAUACAGAACCAGGCCUUUGUUGCGGAAUACAGCAAGGUUAUAACAAGUCUGGACGGAAUACCAGAUCUCUCAGAGGACCUGGAAGUAGCUGAAGUGGAUGAGGUUCGAUUAGAGCAGCUGCAAGCCUGGGCAGUGAAGAGGCUGAACGCAGUGGUCUUUGGUCCACAUGACAGGGAUGCUCUCCGGCUGCUGUGUGGGGUCAUUCCAUCUCUGAAUGAAGACACUGCCCAUCCAAAACUCAUCUUGUCAGAGAACAGCAGAAAGGUGACAUAUUGUGAGGAACCCCAGCCAUACCCUGAACUCAGCACCCGCUUUAGCAUCUUCCCACAGGUGCUGGCUACACACCCUCGUGAGGGCGGCCGCAGUUACUGGGAGGUCGAGGUGAUGGGCGAGGGUCGCUGGAAAGUGGGUGUCUGCGAAGCCCGCAUCCAUCGGAAAGGGGCUGAUGAUGCCUGCCGCAUGGGCUUCAACCCUCACUCCUGGUGUUUGUAUGGUGAGAGGGAUAAAAUUGAGGCUCUGCAUGACAAAAUAGCUGUCCCCCUGCCCAACAGCCCUCUGCAGAGGGUGGGAGUGUACUUGGAUUUGGAGGAGGGCUGCUUGUCCUUCUACAGUGUCACUCAAGACGGCGCUUUCAGCUUACUCCACAGCUUCCAUCACGAGUUCACUCAGCCACUCUUCCCUGCCUUGGCCGUGUCCAAAGCUCAACUCGCCUUUUGUGACCUUUUCCCGUCAACAGCUGUGGAGUAAAUUUCGGAAGACUUCAAGUGCAUUAAAGCGUGAAGCAUCUUUUCAGAAGUGUAGCCUUUACUCUGUAUCGCGUGAUCUCUAGAGCAUCACAAUGGAACAUGCCCAAAAUGACACAGAGAAAUUAAUAAUUUAAAACUGAAUUGUGAAUAGUCUACUUCUGGAACACAUCUUGCUGCUUUGAGGUAUUUUAAUUGAUCAUUUGGAUUUAUAGUUUCUGCAAUAUGUAAUAUUGCCUUUGGCAUUUUGAGGUGAAUAUUUCUGCAUGUGUUAAACAUUUUUAAUGUUCCAAGCAAGUAACGUUAAUGUGAUGCGCCUUUCUCUUUUUCCUCCUGGGUAAUUGCUCUUCCUAAUACAUGUUGAGUCUAGGGCAGUACUUGAUGCUGUUAUCUGUUUUUAAAAGGUUUAUUUGUCUUCCAGUAUCCAGUUUUUAUUAUAAACUAAGACUGCAUUUGAAAAUUGCGCCAUGUGGCCGCGUUAGAGACUGUAAGAUGCACCGCAUUGUGUGAAUUAUGUACUCAUGCUCUCAGUUGUGGACUGACACUCUGUGGUGUUGCUUACAUUCUCACGUUUUUAAUCUUUGCAUCUUCUUUUGCACCAUUCUGUUUUAAUUUUGUAAUUAUUCAUUUAUUUAAAUGCGACUUACGGCCUUUGUCUUUCCCGAGGUAAGUUUGCUUUAUGAAGUGCUUUUUUUUAAUUUUUAAUAUUUUGUGUGUAUUGUUAUUCUAUUUUAAUGUGUUACACAACUUCUUCCUUAUACUAGGCCUCAUUUGGAUUUUUGGGGUGCACUUGGGAUGGGUUUGGAACAAACGGGAGGUUUUCCUCAUAAUAAAUAAUGGAAUGAGUCAUUUCCUUUUAAAUAUUUGGUCAGUUUUUAGGAUUGAAUUAGGACUAGAUAAUAGGAGAUAAUUGUGUUUUUUAAUUACUACAUCAUAACUGGAUAAAUUAACCUUUGUUUUACAUUUUGAGGAGCUGUGCUGUAUGCAAUGGUAACAUUUUUGCUUACUAAAACUGAGUUUAGAUAGCAGUGACUACUUCAUGUGAACUAACCACUAAACAAACAUUAGGAUUACCUUCAAUUUUUUUCAGGAUUUGAACUCGCUUAGAACCACUCACUUUUGCGUUUCUCCAGCCCAGCUCCGGUUUGCAUUAUUGAUGUGAAAAUGUACGUUCCACCUGUCUGUCUUGCGUCUUUGUUCAGAUCUCUAUGUCGCUGCGAGAAGAGCGCUCUAUAAAAAUAAAUUGAACUGAAUAAACUAAUGUAUCCUUGCUUCUUAAUAAAAACUACA